CACAAAGUUUUAGAAACUAGGCAAUAUGAUUGAAUUGCCUCGAAUUACACGAGCCCUAAGGGCACACACACAGCUUGAUAAACCACGAUGUUUAAAACCAACCGGUGAUUCUAUAACGGCAGUGAUCAGGCCAAGAAAUCAGAAGAGAUACAAGUCUUUUGAAGAUAUUUGUAAUUACAUCAGAAACAAUGAAACAAAAGUUGAUGAUUUAUUAAAUCAACUAAGAAAUUUGAAGGACAGCUGCAAACAGUUAAGCAGUGACCAAUCAGAUGAGAUGUCAGAUGAUGCUACCAUAAUGACCUUGAGGAUGUUCAUGGACCAUGACAUCGUGAUGUUGAAACAUUUGAACUUACUUCGGCAAACAUUUGGAACUGUUACAAAUGCAACGGCAAAUAAAAUCUGUGAGAUUGUAACAGCAAUAUCCAAUGAACUGUCAGAAGAGACGAAAGAAUACAUAAAACAGGAAACAAAUGAAGCAGACAAGGAAAAUGUCAAGUUAUGGGGUGAAAAUAUACAAUGCUAUUAUAUUCCAUAUAAACCAACAAAGAAGCCAUUAGCUAAUCUGAUGAACAAACCUGCUGUCACCGGUGCAUUUAUCAAUGAUUUCUCUAUGAAAUAUAAAGAAAAUGUUGAAAAAGUGAAUACUACCAUUAAGGAAACUAAGCCUGUAUCUAAGUUUAGUAAAACAUGGUUGGAAAUAAAAAUGAAAGAACUGUAUCCAACUGGUGAUGGCAUAUCCAGCGUCCAUAUAUUACAAUCCAUUAUAACAUUCCUAAAUUCUACACGAACUAAUGAUGAACUGCAGAAUGAUCUCUUCGAAUUAUUGGGCUUUGACAAGUUUGAAUUCAUUCUUGAAAUUUUGGCACAUAGACAGGAUAUUAUUGACAGCUUGAAAGCGCCGCCUCCACAACCUACAUUAUCAGAACUUUCAGCAAAUCUUCCUGACAAUAAAAUGCCUCAAUACUUAUGCCAAGUGUCAGUACUUUCGGAACAGGAGAAGAUGAUUGCGAAACUAGUGAGAAAAGGAGAAAAGAAGGCAAGGAGUUCUAAGAAAAAUGAUGUAGAAGAUGAACCGGAAAUUGAUAUAGCUCAAUUGAGAGCUCGAAGGAUAGCUGAACUAUCGAAACCGGUGGUACCAUUUUCUACAUCGAAAUCUUCAAAGAAUAUAGACCCAAUACUACGAAAAAUAACUUACUCCCAAACUAAAGUUCAAUAUCCAAAUGUUUAUGAUUCGUCUAUUGACGCAAAGAAUGCUGCUGGAUUUGUAUCUGGCCUGAAAUUAAUGUUACCUGAAACCGCUGUCAGAAAAGACCUGAAAGAAUAUGAAGAGGUUGUAAUACCUAAAAAUGAUCCACCACCUUUGCAAAUUGGAAACAAACGAGUUCCUAUAUCUAGUAUGGAUGAGAUAGGUCAAAUGGCAUUUGAAAACAUAAAGGAGUUAAACCGAAUACAGUCAGUGGUGUUCCAAACGGCGUACAACACAAAUGAAAACUUACUCAUUUGUGCACCUACAGGGGCGGGUAAAACUAACAUAGCACUGCUCACUGUAGUGCACCAGAUAAAACAGCAUAUAGAAAAUGACGUCAUCAUGAAGAAUAAAUUUAAGAUUAUAUAUAUUGCGCCAAUGAAAGCUCUCGCGUCCGAAAUGACCGCCAGCUUCGGAAGACGGCUGCGUGGUCUCGGCAUCGCUGUCCGAGAGUUGACCGGUGACAUGAAACUAACAAAAAGUGAGGUACAGCAAACCCAGAUGAUAGUCACUACACCGGAAAAAUGGGAUGUUGUCACCAGGAAAGGAGCGACGGAUACGGAACUCGCUUCAAUAGUGAAGUUGAUAAUCAUUGAUGAAGUUCACUUGCUACACGGCGACAGGGGGCCCAUAGUAGAAGCCAUAGUGGCCAGAACGCUCAGACAGGUUGAGACGACACAAAACAUGAUUCGCAUCGUCGGCUUGUCUGCUACAUUGCCCAAUUACCUUGAUGUUGCCAGGUUUCUACGUGUAAACCCGAAUAUCGGUUUAUUCUUCUUCGACUCACGAUUUCGUCCCGUACCUUUGGAGCAACAGUUUAUUGGUGUCAAAGAAGUCGGCAGUGGCGGUGGUGCUCAUCUAAGACAGCUACAAAUAAUGAAUGAAAUAUGUUACGAUAAAGCGGUAGAUAUGGUACAAAAAGGUCACCAAGUGAUGGUAUUUGUUCACGCACGUAAUGCAACGCACCAAACCGCCAUGAUACUGAAAGAACUCGCCCAAAAGAAAGGUCAUCUCAAGCACUUCGAGCCUGAAGACUCCGGUGGCUUUUUGAAGGCUAAAAAAUCAAUAUCUACAAGUCCUAAUAAACAAUUGGCAGAGUUAUUUGCAAGUGGAUUUGCAUGUCAUCAUGCCGGAAUGUUGAGAAGUGAUAGGAACAUGGUUGAGAAGUAUUUUGCUGAUGGUUACAUAAAGGUGCUGGUGUGUACUUCAACCCUAGCCUGGGGUGUCAACUUGCCUGCGCAUGCCGUUGUUAUUAGGGGUACAGAAAUCUACGACCAAAGUCACGGCACAUUCGUGGACCUCAGUAUUCUGGACGUACUCCAGAUCUUCGGUCGCGCUGGCCGUCCACAAUUCGACACCUCGGGAACUGGCAUCAUCAUCACCACGCAUGAUAAAUUGACACAUUAUUUGAAAUCGAUGACCAAUCAAUUCCCUAUAGAGAGCAACUUUAUCAACCUACUGGCAGAUAAUUUAAACGCUGAGGUUGCACUUGGUACAGUUACUAAUAUCGAUGAGGCAGUGGAAUGGCUCAGUUACACGUAUCUCUUCGUGCGAAUGAGAAUUAAUCCUCAGGUAUAUGGGUUAACAUACAAUGACGUGCAAGACGACCCAAUGUUAGAAACAAAGAGACGUGAAUUGAUCACCGCAGCUGCUAUGCAACUCGACAAAACCCACAUGAUACGCUAUAACGAGCGUACUGGCGACUUAAAUGUAACUGAUCUGGGGCGGACCGCCAGUCACUACUACAUAACGUGUGAAACAAUGGAAGUGUUCAAUUCUAUGGUUCGCAAGUCUAUGACGCAGGCGUAUGUACUGGAGAUGCUUACACGCUGCUCCGACUUCCAACAAUUGAAGGUCAGAAAAGAAGAGUUAACGGAACUGUGGAACCUAAAGGACCACUACUGCGAACUGCGCAUCGAUGACCCACCUGAAGAUAUACAUUGGAAGAUCAAUAUACUGCUGCAGACUUACUUGUCUCGCGGACGAGUUAAUGGCUCCUCCUUACAAUCUGAUUUAAACUACAUCAGUCAGAAUGCUGUACGUAUAGUUCGCGCACUAUUCGAAAUUACACUCCGCAAAAACAACGCAUACAUGGCGGGCUUAUAUCUCAAGAUGGCGAAGAUGUUGGAACUCCAAAAUUGGGAUUUCUACAGUGAUAUGCGACAGUUCAAUUGUUUCACUAUCGAGACACUCAAACAUAUUGAAUAUCCCAUGUUGAAGCCGGAUCAAAUUAGAGAUAUGGACUGGAAAGAAAUAGGUGAUUUGAUAAGAAACCCUAAAAACGCUACUCAUUUAAAGAAAUGUGCAGAUGAGUUCCCACUAUUAGAAAUGGAAGCGAGUCUACAUCCAAUAACACGAACAGUUCUCAGAAUUCGUCUUAUUAUUACACCUAAUUUCAAAUGGAAUGACAAAUAUCAUGGCAAAGCACCCGAGGCAUUUUGGAUAUGGGUUGAAGAUCCUGAUACUGAUAUAAUGUAUUAUCAUGAAUACUUUCUUAUAACGAAAAAGCAGGUUAUUACCAAGGAGCCACAAGAACUUAUCAUUACAAUCCCGAUUUCUGAACCUCUUCCCCCUCAAUAUUACAUCAGAGCUACUUCGGAAAGGUGGCUUGGAUCUGAGAGUGUGUUGCCGCUAACAUUCCAGCAUUUGAUACUGCCAGAAACACAUCCACCUCACACAGAUCUGCUGGAACUUCAACCUCUGCCUGUGACAGCACUAAACAACGGAUCGUUCGAGAUGCUGUACAACUUCAGCCACUUCAACCCCAUACAGACGCAGAUAUUCCACUGUUUGUAUCACACGGAUAAUAACGUGCUGCUCGGCGCGCCCACUGGCUCAGGCAAGACGAUCGUCGCUGAGGUCGCCAUGUUCAGGGUGUUCAAUGAAUAUCCUGGAUGUAAGGUUGUAUACAUAGCGCCGUUAAAGGCACUAGUAAAAGAACGAAUAAAAGAUUGGAAAGUACGUCUCGAGGAGAAACUAGGAAGGAAAGUUGUUGAAUUGACAGGUGAUGUGUCGCCCGACAUUCGAUCAAUAAAGAACGCACAGGUUAUAGUCACGACUCCUGAAAAAUGGGACGGCAUCAGUCGAUCCUGGCAGACAAGGAACUACGUCAGGGAUGUAGCUCUGAUCGUUAUCGAUGAAAUACAUCUACUGGGUGAGGAUAGGGGUCCCGUCUUAGAAGUUAUUGUUUCAAGAACCAAUUUCAUCGAGUCACAUACGUCACGACGUCUACGGAUCAUCGGCCUAUCGACAGCGCUCGCCAAUGCGAAAGACCUCGCCAACUGGCUGAAUAUUGGCGAAAUGGGGCUGUACAACUUCAGGCCGUCUGUACGACCCGUCCCAUUAGAGGUACAUAUAUCAGGGCAUCCAGGCAGACAUUACUGCCCGCGAAUGUUAUCCAUGAACAAACCGACGUUCCACGCCAUACGCCAGCACUCGCCAUCGGCGCCUGCUCUCGUCUUCGUCUCCAGUCGACGUCAGACCAGAUUAACAGCCCUCGAUCUAAUCGCAUAUCUAGCAGCUGAAGACAACCCGAAACAAUGGUUGCACAUGCAAGAAUCGGAAAUGGAACAAAUUCUAUCCAACAUCCGAGAAUCGAACCUGAAACUGACGCUCGCGUUCGGUAUUGGCAUACACCACGCUGGCUUGCAUGAGAGAGACCGGAACACUGUUGAAGAAUUAUUUAUUAAUCAGAAAAUACAGGUCCUAAUCUGCACAGCGACGCUGGCUUGGGGAGUGAACUUCCCAGCUCACUUAGUCGUAAUUAAAGGCACAGAGUACUUCGACGGCAAGCAGAAGCGAUACGUGGAUAUGCCCAUCACUGAUGUACUACAGAUGAUGGGCAGAGCGGGCAGACCACAGUAUGACAAUGAGGGUGUCGCUGUGGUACUAGUUCACGAUCAGAAGAAAAACUUCUACAAAAAGUUCCUCUACGAACCAUUCCCGGUGGAAUCUAGUCUAUUGGAGGUGCUUGCUGACCACUUGAACGCGGAGAUUGUUGCAGGUACUGUGCAUACAAAACAGGACAUCCUAGACUACAUGACGUGGACGUAUUUCUUCCGCCGGCUGCUGAAGAACCCCUCAUAUUACAACCUGGAAAGCUUGGAGCCGCAGGAUGUGAACCGGUACCUCUCUAACCUGGUCCAGACCAGCCUCGAUGCACUCUCUCAUGCCAACUGCGUAGAGAUCGAAGAGGACCAGCGUACAGUGCACAGCACUUGGAUGGGACGCAUCGCCUCGUACUACUACCUCUCGCAUCACACCAUGGAGCACUUCAGCUUGCAUUUGGCACCGUCGCUGGAUGCCGACGAACUGCUAAGGGCGUUGGCAGACUCGCACGAAUACGCCACACUACCCGUCAGACAUAACGAGGAUGUACUUAAUGGUGAAUUGUCGCAACAGCUCCGACUACCCGUGGAUGUGUUGUCGCUAGAUUCGUCCAAUGUGAAAGCGUUCUUGCUCCUACAGGCGCAUAUGACGCGCGUGCAACUACCCAACACGGAUUACUUGACUGAUACUAAGUCAGUGCUUGAUCAGACCAUACGUAUACUGCAGGCAAUGAUUGACACAUCAGCAGAAAACGGCUGGCUUUCCGUCUGUCUGUCGUGUCAGAUGCUUAUGCAGAGCAUCGUCCAAGCACGGUGGCCCAUUGACUCACCACUCACCACAUUACCAAAUAUUGAUUCUCAUCAUUUAUACAUAUUUACGCAAAUGACGAAAGAUACAAAUAAACCUUGCAUGAUGUUAAAUGGAUUGAAAAUAGUUUGUAUGAAGAAUUAUGAACUGCUGGCAAAAUAUAUGAGAAGAGAAUUUGAAGAAAGUCAAAUCGAACAGAUAUAUAGAGUUAUUUGCGACCUCCCUACACUGAAUAUAAAGUUGUCUGUCCGAGGGAUAUGGUACGAUAGCGACUGUGAACAAGAUAAGCGUCUCCCGCAACCACCCAAAAGUGACCAGUGGAUACCGGUACAUGCUGACCAGGAAUAUACGCUACUAAUAGAGAUGAACCGCCGCGGUGGUAACCCUAGCAACGUGUAUUGCCCGCGGUUCCCACGCGGCAAAAACGAGGGCUGGAUCCUCACUCUCGGCUGCCGUGACCUUGGGGAUUUAUUAGCACUCAAGCGGAGCCCCGCUGCCCGGGCUGCUCACGUUACUCAUCUAGAUUUCCACACGCCACCAAAAACAGGUCGCGUAAUUUACACUAUAUACAUUAUCAGUGACAGCUAUAUGGGGCUAGAUCAACAGUAUGAUCUACAGUUGGAAGUGAUAGAUCCUCUACCCGUCGAGAAAGUCGACAACAUAUAUAAUACAUUUGACAAGACUGUAUUGGAGUAAAUUUAUAUUUAUAAAUAAAUCAUUUUAUUAUUG